UCACACUGUCCAGAACACAAGAAUGAUGCCUGGAAACAAGCAAAGCAUCAAUAUAAACCUGCAAAUCACACUUGAAGAUGAGAGAAGUUCUUCGGACUCCCAUACGACAAUUCCCCCAUUUGCGAUCCUUGUUGUACCGGCUUGUUCUGGCACAUCUGUGUCAUUUUUGGUUGAUGGUGCAGCUUCUAUCAAUGACAGUCAACCACGCAGCACUACGGCCUGUGAAUCACAAUCGCCCUCUGUCCCAGAGACAGAAUUUUCGAAUUCUUUCAGUGUUCGCCAUGGCUCUGAAUCUUCCUUGCACGGACAGAUUCCAGCUCAGUCAACUGCAAUGAUUGUGAAUCCAGUUCAACAAGAUCUACAAGAAUCACAAGAAGACUCACCCAAUACUUGGUUGCGUACAUCAUUCAAACGUCCCCACUUCGAACGUACUACGGACAAGAGUGUUGCAUCACAAAUUAAUCAGACCAAUGCCGACGAUGUCUGGAUAGAAAAAGUCAGCGACUCAGAAACUGAACCGGAGUCUAGCAUUGACCCAGAUAGUCCGACACCAAAGGGCCAUCUGAUAGAAUAGUCUAUCUUACAUUCAUAGCAUUCUCGAACUUGUAGUCACUAGGCAGGGCUGUGCGACAUAUUGAUAACAAAUGUAUGAAAAGAAGCACUAUAACGAGAUUUACUCUACGUACAUGCUUCAUCUGCUCCUCCCAAGUGUACUACAUCUAAACCUGGCUUUUCUGAAACAAAGAACUGAUUGCGAUCUGCCUCAGUCAGUCCUUUCGCAAUCUCCUCAGUGGUAGGUGGCAAUGGCGGCAGUGCUAUCACUGAUCUGAUACUAGUCACUGGGACUACAAUGAGUCCAUCAUCACCCAAAUGUGAACACACAAUCAAAGUCCCAUAUGAGACCUU